AUGCCAUAUCUCAGCACACUGUGUGUGUACUACUUUUUGAUGCUUCUGAGCCCAGUUUUGACAAAUACCAUCACCGAAGACAUAGAGGUUUUGGUGUUUUUGCCACAAAAUAAUUCCUACCCAUUUUCACACACCAGAGUGUCACCGGCGAUCCUUUACGCGCAGCAGAGGCUGAAGACAGACGGAGGACAGUACUCCGGGUUCCGCUUCAACAUCCACUUUGAGAACUCCAACUGUUUCAAUGAUGCUCUGUUUGUGUUAGUGGACAGGUCGUGCGGGCGCAAGCCGGAUCUGAUUCUGGGUCCGGUGUGCGAGUACGAGGCUGCGGCGGUGGUGAGGCUGGCAUCCCACUGGGACAUCCCGGUGAUCUCGGCAGGUGCCCUGGCCGCCGGCUUCAGCAACAAGAACGCCGAGUACUCCCACCUGACCCGCAUCGCUCCGUCCUACGUGAAGAUGGCAGAGACGUUCACCGCGGUGUUCGAGCACUUCAGCUGGAGGAGCGCGCUGCUGGUCUACGAAGACGACAAGGAGGAGCGGAACUGCUACUUCACUCUGGAGGGGGUCUAUCAUCUGAUGGCCGACUUUAACAUCAAGACCUAUGCUGUUUCCCAAGAGGAUCGCCUGGACACCGACGACAUCCUCCAAAACAUCCAUGACACCGAAGUGGUGAUCAUGUGCAUGGGAGCAGACAAAAUACGAGAGAUCAUGCUGGCUGCACACAGACGACGGUUGACCAAUGGCAAUUAUAUUUUCUUCAAUGUUGAACUCUUCAAUGCCUCUUCCUAUGGCAAUGGCUCGUGGAAGAGAGGGGAUAAAUAUGACAACGAUGCGAGGCAGGCCUUUGCUUCUCUGAACAUUGUGACACUGCUCAGGACAGUCAAGCCCGACUUUGAAAACUUCUCAGUGGAAAUGAAAAAGGCUGUCGAAAAAGCUGGCUUUCUUGACUGCAAAGACUGCGGAAAUGUCAAUAUGUUUGUUGAGGGAUUCCAUGAUGCCAUGUUGCUGUAUGCCAUCGCCUUGCAUGAAGCCAUGAAAAAUGGAUACAGUAAAAACAACGGAUCAGAGAUCACCUCACGCAUGUGGAACAGAACUUUUGAAGGAAUCGCUGGCCAGGUAUCUAUGGAUGUCAAUGGUGACAGAAAUGGAGAUUUCUCUUUGAUGGCCAUGACGAAUGUUGAGGCAGGAACCUAUGAGGUGGUGGCCAACUACUUUGGUAAAAAUGAAACCUUUCAGCUGCUGCCUGCCUUCAACGCUGACCAUUUCACCCUGAGAGGAAGACAUAAAACACACACAGAGAUACCCGACAAAUCAUGUGGACUAGGAGUAUCAGCGUUGACUGGAGUCAUAGUGGGAGCUGUUCUAGGAACUGCAAUGCUUAUAGCAUUCUACUUUUUCAGAAAAAACUACAGGAUAACCAUUGAGCGGCGCACACAUAGUGAAGAGUGUGACACCGGGAAGCACCGUCAGUUACGAGAGGACUCCAUCAGAUCGCACUUCUCAGCAGCAUAAUCCUCAGCAGGAGCAGCAGUCCCUUCACACAUCUGAAUGUGACCAAAGACUUUGCAAUGGUUGUCAGUGGAGCCAUGCUGUUAAAAAAUGAGACGUUUUGUGUUGUAUCCUUUAAUGUUAAUUGACUUAUUGUAACUCAGGACAGUUGUAACAGUCACAAAGCACCACUUACUUUGAUUGUUCUCCAUACAAAAGGUAUAUGAUUGUAUUGGUGUAUAGAAAGCUUUGGCCCUAGUAUUCUUUAAGGAUUUUUAAAGAAUGUUUU